AUGUAAAAAUAUGAAUGUGAUGGUGAUACAUGCACCAAUAAUUUAAAAGAGUUAAUAUUUGAUAGAGAAAAUGAUCUGCCAGAUCCAGAUCAGCCUUAAUAAAUAACAAAAAACCCUAUUAGAGAUGGAAAAGGUAUUGAAAUUGUCGAUAAAUGUAUUUAAGAGCCAAUUAAAGAUCUUAUGAAAUACUCUAACAAUGAUUAUGCAAUGCUAUAUAUUUGUUAGAAUGUUUUGAGAAUCAGAAAAUUCAAUUCUUCUGGGGAAGAAAUAAAAUUUGUUGAAAUAACUAUUGAAAAUAUUUAUCUUUUUGAUGCAACUAUAUUAAAUGAUCUAAUCUACAUGAUUAUAGUUUAUGAUUCAGAUAAAAAAAUUAGUAAGGUAUAUAAAUUAGAUGAAAUUACAAAUUAAUUGAUACCAUAAUUGGAUCAGAGUUGUGAGUUAGAUACUUAGGAUAUUAAAAUUGAAAGUUUUAAACUAAAUUAUCUUAUUUUCAUUACUUGUUUAAAGAAUUAUGUAUUUGAUGGAGUCUCUUAAAUUGGACAAUCUUAAUCAUUAUUUGUUUAUGAUCCAUCAAAUCUAAAGGUCUUUGAAAAAAUAGAUGUUAAUAAUCCUGAUAUCUUUACAAUUGAUGAUUGUAAUAAAAAUAUCAUUAAAGGAUUUAAAGUAUUAGGUAAUAUGAUUUAUUUAAUAAAUGUCAAUUUAUUUUAUGCAAAAAUAAUGAUACUAGAUGACUAUGGAGGUUUAGUCUAGACUUAUAAUGUGGAUGUUCCGAAUAUCACUUAAAUAAAGCUUGAUAAGAGUAAUGAUUUAAUUGCAUUAAUGUACAAAAUAAGUGGAAAAGAAAAUUGGGUAUUUAAAACCUGUAUUGACAUUUCCAUAUGCUUCAAUAGUUACUAAUAAAAGGUAUCUAGAUUCUAAGAUUUUUCAUUUGCCAUAUUCUCAAAUAAAGUUGUUAUUUCAUAUUGUGAUAAAUUAAACUAGAAACUGGUUUAUAAAAUUUUGAAUGAUGUUGGAGAAACAAUAUUUUCAGAAACAAUUUAAAUUGAUUCAUAAAUUAGUAGACCAUUGUUAGUUACCUUCUCUAAUUAGUAAAUAGGAUUUGCAUGGGAAUAUAAAAAUAAUGAAGCAAAAUGGGGAUUAUAAUUAUCAAUACUUAGCAAUACUGGGGAUUUAAAUAAAGUAAUAAUUAAUACUUGUUCACCUAAUUGUGCUUCAUGCUUAAGCAAUACUGAAUGUACAAAAUGUGAAGCAAGUUACUAACUUUAAUACAAUAAAUUAAAAAACGAUAUGUAUUGUGAAUAAUAGGUUGAUUAAAGUUGCUUUAUUUCUAUAGGCAAUUACUGUAUUUAAUGUUCUGAUAAUCGUUAUCCUUACGAAUAAAAAUGUGUGGUUGAUGAAUUCUAAUCUAAGUCAUUAGUUCUUAAUGAAUUUACCUAAUUCGUUCAAACUAAACCUUCAAUAGCUGGAUUUAGCGAUGGUUCCAUAAUGGCAGUUUGGAUUAGUAAUUAUUAAGAUGGAUUUAAUUGGGGUGUUUAUGGUUAGGUAUUAGAUAGUUAGAGAGAAAAGAUAGGAAAUAACUUUUAAGUGAAUUAAAUUACUCAAGGAAACCAACAUUCUGCUUAAAUUUCAAUAUUAAAUGAUGAUACUGCUAUUAUCUUAUAUAUUGAUGGUAAUCUCGAAUAAGGAGCUUUACUGAAGAUUGCCAGAUUCACUAAAAAUUAAUAACGAAUUGGUGAUGAUAUUGACAUAGAUGUCAUUAAAUUAGAUAAGUUUAAUAUCAAUACUUAGAAUAACAUUGCAAAAGUGAUUAAAUUGAAGAAUGGAGGAUAUGUAAUUGGAUAUAUAACAUUAAGUGGAGAACCACAGCAUAAAGUAUUGAAAUUAAAGUUCUAUAAUUCAGAUAAUUAGCAAGUAAAUUCAUAAGAAGUUUAAGGUGAAUUUGAUGAUGAUCAAUUAUUCUAGAUUUCAUCCGCUGAUUUAAAUGUUGCUGUUAUUUUUAGAAGAUAAGUAAAUGUUUUUACAUUCGAGGGAUCAUUUAUCGUGUCAUAAGGAUUAUCACCUUAAUUUAACAAUCCACUUUGCUUAAGUAGUACCUCAUAAUAUUUUAUCAUUGUAUUUUCUAUAUAUGAAAAUUCUAAUGUAUUAAUUUAUGCUCAAUUUUAUGAUCAAAAUUUUAUUCCUUUACUUGAAAAUAAAAAAUUGAUCAAAUAGUUCGCCUAAUAGCUAGAUCAUAAUUACUAAUAAAUUUCUUAUAUUCAAGUAGAUCAAUAUAAAGGAGGACUUUCGAUAAUAAUUGAAAUUGUUAAAGACAUUGUAUCUGCAACUUAAGAACAGUAUUUUCUUAAUCAGAAUAUGGAGGUUCAAUUUAUGAAUAAAUAUAUAAUCAAAGAUAGUUGGUAAGAUUUAAACUUCAUGAAAAUAAUUGAAUCAGUAGAUCAAUCAUUUUUUGUGAUCUGGGUUAAUUAUAAUCUUAUAAAUAAAAUUGACUCUUCAAAUAUUCAUAUUUAAAAAAUGAGUGCAUAAGGAGAAUAUUUAACUAAAAUAGUAAACUAUUGUUUUAACAAUUGCAGGUAAUGUGGCAGUAAUAAUAUGUGUACCUAAUGUCCUGAAAACUAUUAAUUACAUGAUGGGGCCUGUUUAGCAAUUUGUUAAGAGAGUUGUGUGAUUUGUAUCAUUCCAUCAGUUUGUUAUUUAUGUAGGGAUGGAUAUUAUGAAGAAACAUUAGGAGUAUGUGCUCCUCUUAAGCCGAACUAUCAUAAACCUCAAAUUAUUUAAGAAAUUGAGGGAGAUAUUAAUGAACUUGUCGGUUUAAAUGAUGGAAAUAUUUGCUUUUUCACACUAUAUCAUCCAUAAGGCUAAAGCAUUUAUUACUGGAAUUUUUAUAUCAUAUCUUAAUAAAUAUAGACUAUGAAAGUAACAAUAGAGAGAUCAAUCAUUUUCUAAUCGCUAAUCUCUUUCCAAUAAAUUGAGUAGGACUAUUUAGGAAUUAGUUAUGCAUAAGAAUUUAUUGAAGUAAUAAGAAUCGGUUAAAAUUAAUAAGUGAUCUUAAAUAAAGUUAUAGAUCUUAGUAAGAUCAGUUUAGAUGUGUUUUUAAGUAAAGAUUGUGUGAUUUUAGAGGCAUAGGUAAAUAAUUAAUAUUCUCUAACUUACUGUCAUGUUACUUGGGAUUAAAUCAUAACGACAAGAAUUUUUAGGUUAAUUUUGGAUUCUGAAUUAAAUCCAUUGGGAUUUGCAUAAUAAAUUCUCGAAUAAAAUGAUGUAGGCCCUGCAUUAAAAGAAAAUAAUAAAUUUAGAUUUUAUUCAUAAGGUGAAACUGCUCUAUUUAUUGGUAAUUAAUUGAUUUGGAAGAGUUGCCCAUUUUCUUAAGUUUUAUAAUAAUAAUCCUGUGACGUGUUUGAGUUAUCAAAUGGCAAUUUAAUCUAAUUUUUUACAAGUGCAGAUUUCUAAUAUGAUUUUGAUUUUAAAGGAGGUUACUCUAUCUAUUACAGAUUAUUAAACAACUAAUAUAUACCUUUAACUUAAGAAAUGAAAGUAUCGGAGAGUAGUUUGAUGCGACAAUAAUUUAUUAAAAUUGUCACAUUUUAGAAUUCGUUUGCCAUCGUAAUUAAGUAAUACAAUACUUAUAAUGAUAUGAUGGUCUAAUUGGUUAUUUAAUACUUUGAAAAUUCUGGUAGUAAACUGAAUUCACAAAUAUUUAUUGACUUAUUAAAUGCAUAAAUGUUUAAUAAGAUUAUUUCAUUUGAAAACAGUUUAAAGGUAUAUUGGUAGAAAUGGAUAUGUUUAGAAGUACAAUGCUCCAAUAUGAUAUUAUUUAAGGAGUAUGAUGAAUACGGUAAUGAAAUUACUAAUGGUUAAAAUAUCAAGUGCAUGUAAUAUUGUGAUGAAUGCAUAAAUGAAAGUUAUUGUACAAAAUGUAGUACUAAUUACAAUUUAGAUGCUAAUUCAUAAUGUAUCUUAUAAUGCCCCUCAAAUUGCAAUAAGUGUUCAGUUGUUGCUAAAUGUGAGAUUUGUUAAACUGGUUAUGAAUUAAUUAAUGAUCAAUGCAUCAAAUUUAAGUGUCCAAAUAAUUGUGAUAAAUGUUAUAAGGAAUCAAAUAAUUUAGUAUGUUAUUAAUGCCAAGACAAUUACUAUUUGAAUCAACUUGAAUGUUUACCUUAAUGUCCAUCCAGUUGCAGAACUUGUGACUUACCAUUCAACUGUACAAGUUGUCCUGAAGGUUUUGUCUUGACAGCAGAUGCUAAAUGUAAAUUUGAAGACUAAACUGUUGUUGAUUAAGUCAAAAAUACAAGUGUUAGUACACCAAUAAGAUAUACAUUCCCAGAUGGAUCUUAUGUUCUUGUGUGGUAUUAAAAUGGUGAGAAAGCAGGAGUAUAUUUCUAAUUAUACUCUGCCAAUAAUUCUAAAUUAGGAGCUGAAAUCAUAGUAUCAGAUUAUACAAGAAGACUACUAGUGGAUUCCUCAAUAAAGAAAUAAUAUUAUGCUCAUUUAGCAGCUGUUGACUAUAACUUUUAUGUUGUUUGGGCUGAUUCUACUUCAGAUUAGACUAAUUUCCUAUUACAAGAAUUCGAUUCUACUGGUACUAAAUUAACAUCUGCUUAGUCAAUUGGAGUAUCUAAUAACAAUGUUGUAUCAUCACUGACUCAACCUUGUUAAUUAUUAACUCUAUCAAAUAAAAACAUGGUUGUAUCAUUCAUGACUCAAAGCCCUGAAGACCAAUCAAAUUACAACUUUAAAUACUAAUUAAUUGAUCCUAAUCUCUAAGGUAUCAAUUCAAUUUAAGAGAUUCCUAAUGUAAGUUAUUUAGUAGCUCCAUCAAUUACAGAAGAUGACUAAGGAAUGAUAUAUAUUAGCUACACAAGCAAUGGAUAUAUGUUUGUCUAAUAAAUCACCUAAUUUGGAAAUCCAGUUAAUUAACCUUAGGCCAUUAGUGAUGAUGGAACAUUUGCACUUAGAACAGCUUAUUUAAAAAAUGGAAUGUUUGUAUUCUUGUGGGAAAGCAAGAAUAUAUAAACUUAUAAAGCCUUAUUCAGUCUUAACUAUUAAUUAAUUUCUAAAGAUUUAUCUUAAAAAAGUGAAGUUAAGGUAAUAGGAAGUUCUUAGAUUAAAGAAUAAACACCAGAUUUAAAAUUAUUCAAAGAUGGAUUCAUAGUAGCCUGGUAAACUACAGAUUCAUAGUAUUAACCAAAUGGAAUUCAAUUCUAAAUAUUUGAUUCUUUGGGUGUCUAAUUAACUUAGAUUAUAAAAGUAGCGAUUUCAGGAAAAUAUCCAUAAAAUCCUAACAUUCAAAUAAUGAAUGAUGAUAAAUUUGCGAUUACAUACAUAUCAAAAAGUUUAGAUGUUGAUGGAUCUAUUUUGGGAGAUAGUAUUCAAAUCUAAUACUACAAUAAAUAAGGACAAGAGUAAUUUAUCACUACUCCUCAAUUAUGUGGAAAGGAAUGUAACAUUUGCUAAUCCCCAUUAAAUUGUUAUAGAUGCUCAUAUGGUUAUUAUCUAUCUUUGGAUAAUUAAUGCAUAAUGGAUUGUGGUCUCUAUUGUAAUUAAUGUGAAGUUCCUUUGGUCUGUUAAUCUUGUGUAAAUGGUUACGAAUUAAAUUCAAGUAGUUCCUGUACUGAAGUGUCAUGUCCUCUAGGAUAUUAAAGAAAUUCAAAGACUAAAUUAUGUGAUCCUGAAUGUCCAAAUGAAUGCGUUUGCUCACUCCCAAAUGUAUGUAGUUCUUGCAUUGCUGGUUAUUAUUUGAAGGAUAGUUAAUGUCAUUUGACAUCUAAUCCUCUCUCUGAGAGUCCCAUUUCUAAUCCUUAUAUCUUCUAUGCAUUGAUAGUUGUUUGUCUAAUAUUACUUAUAAACUGGAUAUGCUGUUAUAAAUGCUAUAUUCACCAUAGAAAAAAAUAGAAAGUACAUUUAUCAGAUGAAAAUAUUGGACAAUUAUCUUCUGCUGGAGAACGUUAGUAAACAGAUAACAAAAUAUAAUAAGAAACUGUAUCAGCAGAUCCAAUGAUAAAAAAAGAGAAAAUUAAUGAGCAUAUUUCCCAGAUACAAGUUAAGAGCGACUAAGAUAAUGAUAAUCAAUAACCUGUUGAUUAUGGUUAAUAGAAUAAUAAGAUAUUUAACAAAUAAAACAAUAAAUAUUUAUCUAUCAUUAGCUUGGAUGAAAAAUGA